UUCCAGUUUUGGUGGGGGCGAACGUAUAAAAACGCCGGAGGCUCACGGCGUGGACAGCAAUAAGUUGAGAGCGUGCCGGACGCGAAACCAUAUAAAUAUAACCGCCGCGAUACGCAAAUCUGAAAGAAAACAGACAACAUGACGAUAAGGGUGAUUAAGUGCAGGCACAGCUACACCCACUUCUAUCUACUCUGCCCCAUGGUGCUCAUGUUCAUCGCAUGGCAGCUGGGCGCUGGGGAGAUUGGGGCAGAGGCCAAGCAGCUGCCACUAGCUGCUGAUGCUGCUGCUGCGGCGGACGUUGCCGAAAUUCGUCACGGAUCGUACGACAAUGGCAACGAUGACGUUGCUGCACUGGUCCGAAAGCGACGCCAAAUAUCCGACUGGCUAAUAGCCCCAAACACACGCUGGUGCGGACGUGGGAAUCUGGCCAAUGGCACCUACAAUGACCUGGGUGGCGCAUCGAUGGCCGACAAAUGCUGCCGGAAGCACGACCACUGCCAGCUGUGGAUAGACGGCAUGUCGACCCGCUACGAUCUCUUCAACUAUCGCCCCUACACGCUGUCGCACUGCAGUUGCGAUCGACGCUUCCGCACCUGCCUGAAGAUGGCCGGCGAUGAGGCGGCCAAUGCCAUUGGAAAGCUCUUCUUCAAUGUGGUGCAGACGCAGUGCUUUAGCCUCAGGGCGGAGACGGUGUGCCUGGAACGGGGUCCCGGCGCCGGCAGCUCGGGGCAGUGCCUGCGCGAAGACCUCCGCCAAAAGGCCGUUCUGCGGAACAACAAACGGUUCUAGACGCUUCCCUCACACACACAGACAGAUGAUCCGACCUGGGGACAUCAAAUGAUAUCCAAUACGUACGACCAGUGUCUCAUCCCAUACCUGCCAGCAGCAUAACUAUGAAAAAGGAGCUGAAGCCCGAACCACUCCACUUACAGUGCUGCAAUUUAAUGGGAAAAAUCAUUGCAAAAUGUUUUUAGCUGGAUACGAUACCCGUUUAUGUAUUAAGCCAUAUACCUACAUAUAUAUUGUAUGUGUGUACAUAUGUCUAUGAGUAUCAAGUGUCAAGUGCGUAAUAGUCGAUACGAUACGGACAUAGCUGUAGUUGUAGUCUAGUUUAAAUCAUCAAAUCGAAUAUAUAGGCUGCCAGAAAAACAAAGUUUUUCCCAAUAGUUUUGUAGACAAACACAAACAUAUUAUGUGUUGUGUUGUAGUUGUACGAAUAUGCAUGUAAGUUGUAGUUGUAGUGCAAAUAAAAUCAAUUUCCAAAGAGAAA